AUGAGCAGCGACGGCACCAUGGAUUGCAACGAUGGCGGCAGCUCCGGCGAGGGCGGCAGCUCCGGCGAGGAGUACUACUUCGACGAUGAUUGCGACGGUGAUGAAAUCGAUGGGUACGUCGACAACUGCGACAAGAAAAUGAAGGAUCACAUCGUUCUCACAGAGGAUGAAGUGCGUCGCGGGCAAGAAAAGAUGAUGGCUAAGGUCGCCGAGCUCCUGUCGUUCCCGCUGGGCUUCGCUGCCACCGUGCUGCGCCACUUCAAGUGGAACGAAGGGAGAGUCGAGGAGCGGUGGUUCUCCGACGACCGCCGCAUCCGCGACGCCGUCGGCCUGCCAGCGGACGGCGUCCCCGUGCCGAUGGCGCUCAGCGCGGCGGAGGCCUCCUGCGCCAUCUGCUUCGCCGAGUACCCCGCCGGCCAGAUGCGAUCGGCGGGGUGCGCCCACUUCUACUGCGGCGAGUGCUGGCGCGGGUACAUCGGCGCAGCGCUGGACGAGGGCGCGAGGUGCUUGUCGCUGCGGUGCCCGGACACCUCCUGCUCCGCCGCUGUCGUCAUGGAGCUCGUCGACGCGGCGGCCGGCGCCGAGGACAGGGACCGGUACGCGCGGUUCGCGCUCCGGUCGUUCGUGGAGGAGGGCUCCGGGCGGAUCAAGUGGUGCCCGGCGCCCGGGUGCACCCUCGCCGUCGAGUACGUGGGCGGCGCCGACGGCGACGGCAACGCCGACGCGGCGGCGGACGUGUUCUGCGCGUGCCGGCACGGCUUCUGCUGGCGCUGCGGCGAGGAGGCGCACCGGCCGGUGUCGUGCGACACGGUGCGCGCGUGGCUGGAGAAGAACAGCUCAUACUCGGAGACCGCCAACUGGGUGCUUCUCAACACAAAGCUCUGCCCCCAAUGCCGGCGGCCGAUCGAGAAGAAUCAGGGGUGUAUGCACAUGACCUGCCUCCCUCCUUGCGGCUACGAGUUCUGCUGGCGGUGGGUGGCCAACUACACGUCGCUGGAGAAAGUGCGCCAGGACAUGGACGAGCUUGAGAGCUCGGAGAUCAGGAGGAUCGCCGCCAUUGUGGAGCUUAACGAGACGAACUUCGCCUUCCUCAACGAGGCGUACGAGCAGAUCGCCCAUGGCCGGCGGGUGCUCAAGUGGGCGUACGCGUACGGGUACUACCUGGACCCAGUGCGCGACGCGGCCAAGCGCGGCCUGUUCGAGCACCUGCUGGACCAGGCCAACUCCCGGCUGGACCAGCUGCACGACGCCGCCGAGCUGGAGAGGAGGGAGAUCUUCUGCUCCAGCGCCGAGCGAACCAUCGUCCUUGACCUGCUGAGCUACUACCAGGCCAAGGUCAAAGACCACACCAAGGCGACGCAACAGUUCAUGGGCAACCUUGUGAAGGCAUUCGAGACGACCGACCUUCCCGAGUUCAAGUCAUUGAACUAG